AUGAAGAAUCUUGUUUCGCUUGUGUGCGUUCUGGCACUAUUCCAGAUCCUUGCGGAUGGUGCCAUCAUCCCUGAAUCAUUUUCUCAACUCUUGACCACCCGUAAGCAACUGGAGGUGGAACAGGUUCGUCAAGAACUUGGUUCUCUUGUUUCCAACGCCACCCUCAUCUUUGGGCCGGAAGAUGAAAAGUAUGGCAGCGCCACAACUCGGCACAGCACCUUUUCUAUGCCACAGAUCCAGGUCGUUGUGAUGCCAGACCAAGAGUCGGACAUACCAGCCAUUGUCAAAUACUGCAACCGCAACAGCAUCCCAUUCCUGGUUAACAACCGCGGUCAUGGACGCACCCAAAGCCUCGGCAGCUUCAACGGCGUGCAGAUCAACAUGGCCCGCUUGCAAAACAUCAGCAUCACCCCCGACGCAAAGUCCGUCUGGCUGCAAGGCGGAACCUACGUCGGCCAGGUCGUCCACCACCUCUGGGACCGCGGCUACGUCGCCACCACGGGCUCCUGCGACUGCGUCGGCAUGCUGGGCCCGGCGCUGGGGGGAGGCCACGGACGCCAGGAAGGCCUCUACGGCAUGGUCAGCGACAACAUCAUCCAGCUCAACGUGGUGCUGGCCGACGGGACGGCCGUCACGGUCAGCAGAGACAGCCAUGCCGAUCUGUUCUGGGCCAUGAGGGGCGCGGGCCACAACUUUGGCAUCGUCACCAGCUUCGAGCUCAAGAUGCACCCACGCGGGCCCGACACGUGGCACUACCACAACUACGUCUGGAGGGGGGACAAGCUCGAGGCGGUAUUCGAGGCCCUCAACGAGUUCCACGGCAACGGCACCACGCCCGUCGACAUGGCCGUCAACUUUGGCAACUUCUACAUGGACGCCACCGUCACCGAGACGGAACCCGUCAUCCUGUGGAGCUUUGCGUACCGCGGGACCGAGGAGGACGCGGAGCGGCACCUCGCCCCCUUCAACGCCAUCGAGGGGGCCGUCCGCAGCGUCUCGGGCGACGUGCCACUGCCGCAGAUCUCGGUCGUGCAGGGCAACGACGUAUCCGGUCCGGCCUGCCGGUACGGCCUGGGCGAGCGCCUGUCGACGACCGCCGGGCUGCAGGUGUACAACGUGACGGUGGAGCGCGCCAUCUUCGACGCGUUUGCGGCCCGCGCGCGCAGCGACCCGGCCCUGGCGGCGGGCAUGUCGGUCGUGCAUGAAGGGUACGCGACGGCGGCGGCGGCGGCAGGGGGAUUCGCGGGCGACGAGUCGGCGUAUCCGUUCCGCAGCGACCACCACCUGAUGCUGGCGACCAUCCUCGUCGACGGCGAGCGCGACGGGUCCGCGGUGAGGGACGCCGGGUGGGAGUGGGUGAGGGAGGUGGCGGACAUGUGGAACGCCGGUCAGCCCGGGAGGGAGGAGCACGUCUACGUCAACUACGCCAACGGGUUCGAGCCGGUCGAGCAGAUGUAUGGGCACGAGCCGUGGAGACUGGAGAGGUUGAGGAACCUCAAGGCUGUGUACGACCCACACAACCGCUUUCGUUACUAUAACCCCAUAAUCGUGGACUGA